GCUGAAUUGUUACUGCCAAUCGAAGGACCGAAUAGCACGUAUCCGCCAAUAUGAAGCAAGCCAUCACCCUGAUUCUCACCAUUUUAGUGAGCUUCCAAUUCUACAACGCAAUCAAUGCUGCCCCGGCCCCUGACUUACUUUCAAACCUAGUGAGUUCAGCGGCUUCUGCGAAUUCUGCGGCGGUUGAGACAGGAGUAGAUACCGCUGAGACCAUCUUGUCUUUGUUGACCGGAGGGUCAUCCUCGGAUACCGAUAGCGAAUCCGACUCGGAAACCGAAGCGGCGGUAACCACAACCACCGAGGCGGCAACCACGACUACGGAGGCGGCAACGACGGUCACUGAGGCGGUGACCACAACCACCGAGGUGGCAACCACAACCACCGAGGCGGUGACCACAACCACCGAGGCGGCAACCACGACUACGGAGGCGGCAACGACGGUCACUGAGGCGGUGACCACAACCACCGAGGUGGCAACCACAACCACCGAGGCGGUGACCACAACCACCGAGGCGGCAACCACGACUACGGAGGCGGCAACGACGGUCACUGAGGCGGUGACCACAACCACCGAGGCGGCAACCACGACUACGGAGGCGGCAACAACCAUAGAAGCGACAACCACGGCCGACGAUGACGAUUCCGAAAGUUCAGACUCAGACGAUGCUGCAGCUUCAGCACUGGAAUCUGCGGCUUCAUCAGCAGCUUCAGAUGCUUCUUCAGCGGCUGAAUUAGCAGCAUCAGCACUGGAAUCUGCGGCUUCAUCAGCAGCUUCAGAUGCUUCUUCAGCAGCAUCAGCACUGGAAUCCGCGGCUUCAUCAGCGGUUUCAACUGCGGAAUCUGCGGCCUCAUCUUUGACCAGUUCAUCAUCGACGGCUGCAUCAGCAGCUUCAGACACUGCUUCAGCGGCUUCAUCAGCAGCUUCAGCACUGGAAUCCGCGGCUUCAUCAGCAGCUUCGGAUACUGCUUCAGCGGCUUCAGCAGCAGCUUCAGCACUGGAGUCUGCGGCUUCAUCAGCGAUUUCAACUGCGGAAUCUGCGGCCUCAUCUUUGACUAGCGGUUCAUCAUCAUCGAGCUCCAACACGAUCCCUGCAAAAGGUGAAGAAGAAUACGAAGAUGAUGAUAACGACAUUGGUUCUUGA